AUGGGAUUUUCAUGCUCUAAACAAAAGUAAAAUCAUACAGAUAAGAGAGUUGAAAUAAAAAAGAAUGAGGACAUUAGACAAAGUUUAAGUACUACUAAAGAGGCAAUUAACUUUAUAGAAAGCAACUGUUUAGCUAAUGUGAUGAGAACUAAACCUAUAAAAUCUUAUUUAGCUGAAUAGAUUGAGAAAUAAUAAAUUCAGAUGGAUUCAUGUGAAAUCUUGGCAGAUAGGAUAGAGGCUAAAUCUUAAUUAAUAAUUCGAAGCUAUAAUCAUUUUACAGAGAAAGCUUUGAAAAUAAAGUCGAAAGUACUAGAUUAUUAUCGAAAUGAAUACUUGAAUUAUAUAAAUUCCAAUCUUGAUACAAUUACAAAUAUAGAAUUUAUAUAAAAAGAAACAAUUUAGGUAAAUUUAUUGUGAUUUUAUCUAAUAGUUACUAGUAGAAACAACAAUCAUAUUGAAUUGUCUAAUGGAUAAGAACUUUGAUGAUGAAAUUGAAUUAUGGUGGGGAAACAAUUACUUUAGUGAUCGAAUUUAACAUUUAGCUCUUACUGCUACUGAUUGUUCGGAUAACACAGACAUAAUUACAACUCCUAUAAUACAGUAUAUAAAUGCAUUAAAAAACAAAAUACUUUAAGUGAUGCCAAUCUAAAAUAAUCAACCUAAAUCAAUUGCAAAUAGUGUUGCUAUAACUAAUGUUCAUUUAACUCAAUUUUAUAAAGAUCUUAAAUUGGAAUUUGCAAAAAAAGUAGAUGAAGAAGAUGAAAACAAUUGA